UGCUCUUCCAAGUAUAGGAAAAUUCUUAGCCUCUGCUGUUAGGAUUUACUGUUAAAGUAGCCCCAGGCGGGGAGGAGGGUGUGCUGGGCUAGCGAGAGGAAGGGAGGGAGGAAACCAGGGGAGAUGAAGAGGUGGGAGUGGAAGGGCCAACUUCUCCCCGGGCUGAUUGGCUCCGAGACCCAGCCCUCUCCUCCGGGUUUAAAAGAGUUGGAGAGGCCAGCGCUCCGGCUGCCUGUGCCCAGGAGGAGGAGUCGCGGACCCCAGGCUCUCCUGCUCUCUUGUGACCUAACCCCCGCCUCCACUCUCUCAGUUGCUUUGAGUUUGCCGCCCAGGAGGAGGAGGUAAAGGGUGGGCACGGAUCGCGGAGCCCAGAGCGCCAUGCGCCGCGCCAGCCGAGACUACACCAAGUACCUGCGAGGUUCGGAGGAGAUGGGCAACGCCGCCCCCCACGAUGGUCCCCUGCAGCCCGCGCCACCCCCAGUCCCGCACCAUCCUCCGCCUGCCUCUCGCUCCAUCCUGGUGGCCUUCAUGGUGCUGGGGCUGGGCCAGGUCGUCUGCAGUGUAGCAUUGUUCCUCUAUUUCAAAACUCAGAUGGACCCCAAUAGGAUUUCAGAUGAUGACACCUGCUGCUUUAUAAAACUUUUCAAACUCCAUGAAAACUCAGAUUUGCAAGACUCUUCUCUGGAAGGUCAAGAUGCGAAAUUAAUGUCUGAUCCCUGUCGAAGAAUCAAACAAGCCUUUCAAGGAGCAUUGCAGAAGGAGCUAAAGCUCAUGGUUAGGUCAGAGAAUGCAAGAGCAGAAAAAGCGAUGAUGGACUAUCCUUUGUUGGAUUUCUCCAGGAAAAACCAGCCAUUUGCUCAUCUCACCAUUAAUGGCACCAAUAUUCCCACGGGCUCCAAAAAAGUGAAUCUGUCUUCCUGGUACCAUGACAGAGGUUGGGCAAAUAUAUCAAAUAUGACUUUCAGCAAUGGGAAACUAAGGGUCAACCAAGAUGGCUUCUACUAUCUCUAUGCCAACAUCUGCUUCAGACAUCAUGAAACUUCUGGUGGUCUGGACACAGAAUUUCUUCAGCUGAUGGUCUAUGUCACUAAAACCAACAUGAAAAUCCAAAAUUCGGAUACUUUGAUGAAAGGAGGAAGCACUAAAUACUGGUCAAAAAAUUCAGAAUUCCACUUUUACUCCAUAAAUGUAGGAGGAUUUUUUAAACUGAGGGCUGGUGAAGAAAUAAGUAUCCAGGUAUCCAACCCAUCAUUACUGGAUCCUGCUCAAGAUGCGACUUAUUUUGGGGCUUUUAAAGUUCGAGAUAUAGAUUGAGCCACAAGUUUUACUAGUAGUAAUUAUACAUUUCCUAGGAUGUUGUUAAUUUUUAAAAAUAUGUCAGAAAGAUGUUUCAUAGCUGUGUCAGACUACUAGGAGACGUGAACUAGAGCCUUCUGAGCUUACCCUCAGAUGUGUGCAUUUGACUGUGUGUACACAUACAAAAGGAGUAUUUGAACUCAAGAUAUAUUCCAACAUACAGGCUUUAUUACACAAUGGUUUAUAUAUUUUGUAAUAAAUUCCUAGAAUUAAACUGGAGUGUGGCAUUUAUGGUUACCUUCAUGGAACGCUGCAUUUGGGCUAUGAGAAGGGGCUAUAUUUGAUGCCUAGUCUUGCUGCAGUUUCAUGCCAUUAGGAUAGGAUUUUAUCCUAAUUGUAAGAGGGGGAAUCAUAUGAAAGGUUGAGUUCUUUUGAAUUGUUACAUCAUGCUAGAACCUGCAAAUAAUUUUUUUCUAAAGAGGAAAGAAAAAUAUGUAUUUUUAUAUAAUAUCUAAAAUUAUAUUUCAGAUGUAAU